UUUACGAACAAGACUAAUUCAUUUUGAUCAUCAGCAAGCGACAAUGGCCACAGAGUUUCCAGAUGUUAUUGAGCUAAACGUUGGUGGUAAGCUGUAUACGACAAUGUUAUCAACGCUUUGCAAAUAUGAAGACAGCAUGUUGGCCGCCAUGUUUAGCGGACGUCACGUGAUUCACCGAGAUAAAGAUUGUCGCUACAUGAUCGACUGCGACGGAAGUUCAUUUGGUCAUAUACUGGAGUUCCUGCGCUUCGGAACGCUGCCACCUAGCGACGUCUCUGAAGCAGUGCACAGAUAUGCGGAAUACUUUGGACUAAAAGAGUUGUCGUCUAAACUGCUCGACUAUAAACAAGUGAGGAUUGCUUUUGAAGUAAAUGCCAUUAAUGUUCGCAAUCCGUUAUUUUUGACUGUUAUCAACAAGGUUAUUGACUUGCUCAAGCCUGUAAAGUAUGGGCAUAUCGCGAAUACAAUAAUUGUGAUUGUACACGUCUCUGAAAGGCAUACAACCAUAAGUCGGACAACCUAAGCUGGUAUACGUCAAAACGGUUUUCGUUACGAGGUGUUGGUUGACAAGGAAGACCAGACACAAUGUCUUCGAUUAAAUUUGUUUACAGAUGAAUUCAAUUUCGGUACUACUGACAUUGCUGAACUAUUGUUUGUAGUGACCCACUAUCUACAGGAACAUGGAUACGGAAAACGUAUUGGAUAUAGCUGCCUCCCACUUUGGUCCUUACCUUUUCAAUCCUUCAACAUUUCUUCAGAUAUUGGAUACAUACAAAUAUACAAAGACUAUGUUGAUUCUAAAAUAGAUUUGAAUCUUGUGGAAAAUACACAAAAUAGUUGUUGGCAAAUGCAUUUUAACUAAUGCGAUCUUAUCAGAAACGGUUGAAAAAACUUUUGCAAAGUGCCUAAAACAUUGUGAUAAGUAAUGGAUACGUCCGUACUUAAAAUAAUUCGACAGUUAGCGUUGGGAUUAUAAAAGGUUAUUUUAUUUUUUAGGCUUACAGCCGACCUACACGGUCUGAAGUGUU